CAGGCUGCUGCCGCACAGAGCAGAGCAAGUCAGAGCUGCCGGGCCAGGGAAGCUGCUAGGCUGCAGAUGGGAAGAGAAGAGCUACAAGAUUUAAUUGUUUUUUUUGGUGUUUAUAGCUCUCUGUUUCAUGAAAUAACGCUGCAGGUGUGAGUGGCUAGGCUUUGGAGACUGUGAGCAUCUUCGCAGAGCAUCCUGGGUUUUCUGUUCACCAGCUGGAGAAAAAAAUUCAGCGGCAAAGUGUCUAACGGGGUUCUGAUGCUUCGAAGGCAUCAUGGACAGUCUGAUUACCUACCGUGCAGGAAGACAUGGAAACACUCAGCAAGGGUACGCCAAAGAAACGCAUUUGCCUGGAAACGUCAUGCAAGUGAAGCAGAAGCCCUCCAAGGAGCUGCGGCCCAUGCUCGGGGCCAUCUUGCUGGGCCUCAUCCUGUUCAUUGCUGCGGUGGUGGCCUGGUGCUACUACACGGUGUCCCUGCGGAAGGCGGAGCGGCUCAAGACGGAGCUGAUGGACCUGCGGGCAGACGGCUUCGUCAUCAGGAACCAGCACGGGGAGGUGGUCUUCCGUCUGGCGUUCCGCUCGGGCCGCCUCGACCUGGAGUCGUGCUCCAAGGAGGGUGAGAUCCUGAGCUGCACGCGGUCGGGCCGGGGGCCGCUCAACUUCUUCAUCCAGACGGUGAAGCCCAAGGACACGGUGAUGUGCUACCGCGUGCGCUGGGAGGAGCUGGCGGCCGGCCCGGCGGUGGAGCACACCAUGUUCUGGGAAGAUGCCCACUGGUACGGGGGCUCGGAGAUGAGCACCCAGCACUGGCCCAUCCGCCUGGCCGGCUACCAGGAGCCCGUGCCCUACGUGACCAGCGACGUCUACUCCUUCCGCGACAGCUUCGGUGGCAUCCUUGAGCGCUACUGGCUCUCCUCCAAGGCGGCGGCCAUCAAGAUCAAUGACUCCGUGCCCUUCCACCUGGGCUUCAACGCCACCGAGCGCACCCUCUUCUUCCAGGCCCGCUACAAGGACUCGCCCUACAAGCCACCGCCAGGGCAGCAGCCCUUCCCCGAGCUCAGCUACCGGGUCUGCGUGGGCUCCGACAUCACCUCCAUCCACAAGUACAUGGUGCGCCGGUACUUCAACAAGCCCUCCAAGAUCCCUGCCGAGAACGCCUUCCGAUACCCUAUCUGGUCCACCUGGGCCCUUUACAAGAACGACAUCGACCAGGAUAAACUCUUGCGAUUUGCCGAAAAGAUUAAGAAGUACCAUUUUAACUGUAGCCAUAUUGAAAUUGAUGACAUGUACACACAAGCCUAUGGAGACUUUGACUUUGACCCCAUCAAGUUCCCCAAUGUGACGGAGAUGUUUGCAAAACUGAGGGAAGAUGGGUUUAAGGUCACCCUGUGGAUUCAUCCCUUUAUACACAGAAAUUCUUCCAAUUUUGGGGUAGGAAUCGAGCGUCAGCUUUUCAUCAAGGAGCCGUCGGGGCGGCUGCCAGCCAUGGUGGAGUGGUGGAACGGCAUCGGGGCCAUCCUGGACUUCACCAACCCAGCAGCCCGGGACUGGUUCCAGAGCCACCUGCGCCAGCUCCGACACAAGUACGGCAUCUCAUCCUUCAAGUUUGAUGCGGGUGAGACCAGCUACCUGCCCAAGCAGUUCAGCACCUUCCGCCCGCUCUCGGACCCCAGCAUCUGGUCACGACGCUACACGGAGAUGGCCAUCCCCUUCUACGAGCUGGCCGAGGUGCGGGUGGGCUAUCAGUCACAGAACAUCUCCUGCUUCUUCCGCAUCAUUGACCGUGACUCUGUCUGGGGCUACGAGCUCGGCCUCAAGUCCCUCAUCCCCACAGUGCUCACCAUCAGCAUGCUGGGCUACCCGUUUGUACUGCCAGAUAUGAUUGGAGGAAACUUCCUUCCCAACAAGACAGACGGGGCAGUGGAGAUUCCUGAUCGGGAGCUGUACGUGCGGUGGCUGGAGCUGUCGGCCUUCAUGCCCUCCAUGCAGUUCUCCAUCCCGCCCUGGCUCUACGACAGGGAGGUGGUGGAGAUUGCGCAGAAGUUCACGGAGCUCCACGAGUCACUGGUGGCCCCACUGCUGCUGGAGCUGGCUGGGGAGGUCACCGACACGGGUGACCCCAUCAUCCGUCCCAUCUGGUGGAUCUCACCCCGUGACGAGGCCACUCACAGGAUCGACUCCCAGUUCCUCAUUGGGGACACCCUCAUGGUGGCACCCGUCCUGGAGAUGGGCAAGCAGGAGCGUGAUGUCUACCUGCCAGCGGGCAAGUGGCGCAGCUACAAGGGGGAGUUGUUUGAGAAGACCCCGGUGCUGCUCACGGACUACCCUGUUGACCUGGAUGAAGUUGCCUAUUUCCUCCGGGUUUCCUAAGAUGCUCCCCUGUCAUCUGUGUAAUCAUCUCAGGGGUUAAUGAACCAAUGACUUUAAUGACCUGGAAAUUUUGAUAGUUUUUAAAGUAGGAAUACUUCAGUAUGGAAUUUGAAGAAAACACUGUGAAAUCUGUUUUGUGUGGCAAUGCUGUGUAUUAGCUUAUUAAAAUCUAUUGGCUGGCUGUCUUUGUUAUUGCAGUAUGACAAAUGCAAUGUAUAGAAACACAAUCCCUGCUUGUAAUAUUUUUCCAGCAAGUAAUGUUAUGCACGCUUCUUGUUUAUAAAGGAAAUUACAUUGACUCCUUUCUUACCGAGUUUUACAGCUGA